AUGAGGAGGUGCACUCUGCUAGUAUCUCAAGACUCCUCAAAGAGGUGCUGUUAUGAAGUUUUGGGAGAUGAGAACCUGAGCCCCAAGGAGAUUCUGUCACCCUCCAAGUCCUGUCGCCGCUUUGCAGAGAUGGAAGUGAAACCAGACACCCCGGCCUUAACCUCUGUCAAGACACGCAUUAACACACUGGCCACUCGGCGCAGGCAGUGGGACUCUCAAGAUGAUGAUCAUGAUUAUGCAGAUUACCCCUCCCCUGUAUACUCCUCGAGUCACACCCCCUUGGCACUGCAGGUGAAGUUGGCUUCUAAGCCUGGAGUCUCCAAGGGACGAACAGGCCGGCUGGCUGACCUGGCCUCUGCUAUUGGCUCAUGGGAGGAUGACUUUAGCAUCCCAUCAAAAAAGUGUAGCGCUGGAAAGGAACUCCUGGUGGAAAGUGUGAUGCAACCAGUGCUGGAGACUCCCUCCAAACAUGGAGAUUGUGAGGAUGUUCAAGAUGUCCCUGAUGAGGAGGGAAAUGAGGAUUCUGAACUCCAGCUCAGACAUAGUAUGACAGAUAGCAAUGCAUUUCGUUUGGUGCUUGAGAAGUUUGAGUCGUAUCCGAGGCAGGGGGGGGAUCCUUCACCUGUGUCCCACAGGCCCCGUUCGCUCUCCUCCUCGACCCGUGCAAUCCAAGAGAGACUGCUCAAUGACACUACUCCCAGCCUGUCCAUGGCUAGCCUCCUCCGCAAGACUGAAGAAUCUGAGGUUGGAAAAAAGGAAACUCUUGAUAGCAGCAGCAAGUACCACUUGAACCUGUCUGUGGACAAGGUGGAGGUGUCCUCCAUCGAGGUGAAGCUCUGCUCGUUUUCCAGUGAAAGUCUCUUAAUUUCAGAAGAUGGAGGUGAGGCAGCGAAAGAGGAACUGACUGAAAAUGGAUCUCGGUCACUCAAGAAAGUGACCUUCGCCCCAGAAACGGUUAUACACUUGCCAUGUGUUGAGUUGGAUUCGCAGGAGAGCGCGAUGGAAGAAGUUGACACAGGAACAGAAUUAUCUUCCCAGGAGGAGGAGGAGGAGAUGAACAGCUCUGAGGUGAUCGAUCAGAUUUUUGAGGGACUGUUGGAUGACAGCGAGGAAGAAGUGGAGCUGACGGAUAAGGAUGUUGAGGUGAAGAUUAACAAAGUCCCGGAGUUUGAGAGUAAAGAUGGCAGCAUGGAAACACAUCCAGAAAGUAAGGAGGAAGGUCUGGAAACUGAGAAGAUUGUGAUAUCCGAGCAAGUCGGGAGCAUGGUAACAGCAAUGAAGGAGAGUGAAGAAUGGAAUAAUGUGGACGAGAAGGAUGAGCUAACGAUUCCUACCUCCAUUCUUUCUCCUCUUGCUAAAUCUGUGGCGGCUGUAGUCACACCAAUGAGGCUGGUGCUGCAUGACCUUGCUGAACCCAUACCAUUCUUCCAGGACCUCGGCGGAGAAGGUGAUGCCCACCCAGCAGAGGAGACUGUACCUCUGUACAGUAUUGAUGCCUACCGAACCUUGCGGCGUAGUGCUGUGUACCGGAGCGUGACCCCUGUGAACCGGAGGAAGGCUGUCGAACGGGCCUUGGGCAGUCGGUCUUUGAAUGUGAAGGAGAAGAUUAAGAUGCUGAAUGGAGAGAUUGGCACCCUUCAGACCAUCAUCCAGCAGGCAAGCCAGGCCCUGAACUGCUGCACUGAUGAGGAGCAUGGGAAGGGCUCUCUGGAGGAGGCCGAAGCUGAGAAACUGCUGCUGGUGUCCUCGGAGAAGCGCCUGUCCCUUCUGUCUGAGCUGAGCCGUCUGAAGGGCAUGGGCUCGCAGCAGCAAGGGACAGAGCCCAGCACCAAGGAGCCCUGCAGGGGAACCCUUUCCAUCUCUAACCUGCGUUUGCCCCUGAAGGUGGAGUUUGUCUGCUCUGCACUCGCCAAGACAGGAAAGCCAAGCCACUAUUUCUUUGUUCUGAUCCGUUAUGGGUCCAGUAACAUAGUCUCCACCCCUCUGGCCACAGCUGUUGAUGCACAGAAGGGUGACACCAUUGCCUUUCCCACCUCCAUCACUUUGCAAGACAUUCGCUCGAACUUUGAAAUUGAUGUAGAGGUCUACAGCCUGGCCAAGAUGGGGCAUUCCCUUACGAUUGAAAAAAGACGACCUUCAAAAUCCAAGGUUACUCCCAAGAAGUUACUCACAUCGAUGACUAAAUCCAGUAAUAACUCACCAGCUGCCAACAUCCCUGUGGUGACAAACACUGUUCGGACCAGUACCUUCUCAUUAGUGGGAUCACACAAAAUCACACUGGCCUCCCUAGGCAGAAACAAGUUCCCCCUGGAUAAGAUAAAGUUUGAUGGAAAAGUCAGGCAGCUGCUGGGAUAUGAGUUUUCAGAAAAGGUUCCGUUUCUGUCACCACUCGAAGGAAAUAUCCACAUGCGUCUGGAAUGCCAAAUCCACUCAACCAUUGAGCACAAGGGCUUCCUGACCAUGUUCGAAGAUGUCCAUGGAUUUGGAGUGUGGCACCGCCGCUGGUUCUCUUUCAAUGGGAAAUGCAUUUCCUACUGGAAUUACCCUGAUGAUGAAGGUAGCAAGGAGGCAAUAGGGUGCAUUAAUCUGACCAACUGCACCAGCAAGGAGGUGGAGUCUGUGAAAAGAGAUUCUUGUGCCAGACCAAAUACUUUUGAGCUGAUCACAACAAAACCACAACAGGAGGACAACCAAAAGAUGGUCAGCCUAGUUCACAACACGGUUUUCUUCAAGAGCUGGUUUUCUGCUGACACCAAGGAAGACCGUGCAGAGUGGAUGGAGAAGCUGAACCAAGCCCUGUUGGACCUGAGGACAUGGCAACCUGUUCUAUCAGAUCAACGCCUCCAACAGGGAGGACAAGACAGCUCCUCCUUAAGCAGCAGCCGGGAGAGUGUUUUAUAGGGCUAAGGAGGGGCACUAUGACAUUUUUAAAGAUUUUUAUUCCCCCUUCAGUGCAGGAGAAAGUUGGUAAAGUCCUCACUUACUAUUAAAUCUUUUCCCUGCUGUUGCAGCAAACUUUUUUCCCCCAUGCCAUACACAGAUUUUUAUAACUGCAAAGAGAUUUGUAAACUGUUUUGUAAGUGCUCAAAUUAAUUGCACAUGGAGUUCAAUUGUUCAUGUGGUGGUGUCAAACACUGAAAUGUGGAGAUGGCUUUCCUUCCAGAGCACACGCUGUAGACUUGGAAGUAAGUAGUGCAAUGCUAAGAAAUAAUACUGUUAACCAAUGUAUUAAUCAAUUAUCCAAGUAAUUUUAGGUGCUGAUUUAAAUAUAAAAUGAACUGUAUUUGAAAGAAUGUAAACACAAAUUGGUAUUCACUAUUCAUAGUUAUGUUUACAAUAGCUGUUUGCAGUAUAUAGCUAAUAACUAGUGAGUUGUUUGUAUGUUCACACGAUUUGUUUACUGGUUUUAAAACUAUGCAUAAGGAGUCUGGUAUAAUGACAUUGAAAUUGAUAUUAGUGUUCCUGUGUUAUGAGAUUAUAUUGAUGCAGCAGUUUGUACAAAAAACAGCUUGCUCACUUAGAUUCCUAAACCCCAAGGCACUUUAGCAUGCUGAAACAGUGCUGUCUCGGAUGUGUCUAUUGUUGUAGAUACUGAAGCCUACAUUGCACCUAAAUCUUUUUUUUUUUUUUUUUGGUGGGGCGGGUGGGGGGCACAUCUGUCUGUAAUGCGUAUUAAUAAGGACAACAGGGUAUAAUAAAUGCACUUUCAGGGAGAUGAGAGGUGAUCAAAUCUCUCACUAGAUUCUCAAUUUUCUGUAUGUUGCUAGGAAGGUCAUUUUAUUGGCUGUCAUACCUUCCUGUCUUUAAGGAACACUAUGAACAGCAGCUGCCAUGACUGGUACACAAACAAUUAGUGUUCUUAUUGUGAUAACACUACAUUCAAGAAACUGUUCAGAAAUUGGACAACCAAGUGCUCCACAACAUCAAGUUAUAGGAUGCAGUGUCAUUUUUGCACAGUCUAGCUGCUUUUUAAAAUAUACAAUCUCGGUGGUCUUGGACUUAACUAUUUCUAUACCAGUACAGCUGCAAAUCUUAUGUUUGUAUAUAUGUAUGUGUGUUUCUGUUGGAUGUCUU